ACUAGAAGUUAAUCCAUACGUUACCAUCUUACAGGACUUUCUGCACAUUACUGAUCCGUAUUACUUUAAACAGGAUUUAAGAUCUACAAAAAUGAUAAGUCGAAACACCAAAAAUAUCCUUGUGGUUUCUUUUGGAUUUUUGUUGUUAUUCACUGCAUAUGGAGGCUUGCAAAGUUUACAGAGCAGUCUGAAUGCUGAGGAUGGAAUGGGAGUUAUAUCUCUCAGCGUCUUAUAUGCAGCGAUUAUUCUCUCCUCAAUGUUUCUGCCUCCCAUAAUGAUCAAGAAUUUGGGUUGUAAAUGGACCAUCGUCCUUUCUAUGGGUUGUUAUGUGGCAUAUUCUUUUGGAAACCUAUCGCCAGGCUGGGCGAGUCUAUUGAGCACAUCUGCCAUUUUGGGUUUGGGAGGUGCACCGCUGUGGUCUGCAAAAUGCACAUAUCUCACCAUAACUGGAAAUUUGGAAGGACAGAAAAGCAACAAGAAAGGCCAGGAUAUCAUAAACCAAUACUUUGGUGUCUUUUUCUUCAUCUUUCAAUCGUCUGCAGUGUGGGGAAACCUCAUGUCAUCUCUUAUAUUCGGACAGGAUUCUAACAUCGCUGAAAUCCCUGAGGAGGAUCUGCAGUACUGCGGUGCAGCGUUAUGCUAUGAUAACUUUACCUCCACUGGAAAUACAACACGGCCAGCAAAAAGCCUAGUGGACACAUUGGUGGGCAGUUAUAUUGGUGUGGGGCUCUUGGCCAUACUUUUCGUGGCAGUAUUUCUGGACAACGUAGACCGAGAUCUAGCCAAAGACUUUCGUCAAAACAAAGGAAAUCAAUCCUUCUGCAGCACCUUUCUGGCUACUUUUGCUCUCCUGAGAGAUCCAAAAUUGUUGAUGCUCAUUCCACUGACCAUGUACAGCGGCUUCGAGCAAAGUUUUAUGUCUGGUGAAUACACAAAGAACUAUGUGACCUGUGCUUUAGGGAUACACUAUGUUGGUUUUGUGAUGAUCUGCUUCGGGGCUACAAAUUCUGUCUGCUCGUUUGCUUUUGGACGACUGGCGGCGUACACUGGAAGGAUCGCUCUCUUUUGCUUGGCUGCAGCAACAAAUCUGGGCUGUUUAUUGGGCCUGUUGUACUGGAGACCUCAUCCAGAUCAGCUGCCUGUGUUCUUUGUAAUUUCUGCUCUGUGGGGUAUGGCAGAUGCUGUGUGGCAAACACAAACCAAUGUACUGUAUGGGAUUCUCUUCUCUGCGAAUAAAGAAGCUGCAUUUGCAAACUACCGCAUGUGGGAAUCACUGGGAUUCGUCAUAGCAUUUGCAUACAGCACAUAUAUCUGCCUGUCUACCAAGAUUUACAUCGUUAUGGCUGUUCUGGCCCUUACCAUGGUAACUUACCUUUACGUUGAGUACAACGAGUACAAGCAUCCAACAGCACAAGUGAGUUACGACAUGCAUAAUCCAGAGAAGGAUGACCUAAAAGGCGCAAAUGAAAAAUAUGUUAUCACCCAGUCACAAUUAUAAAGGGUGAACACAAACUUUAUCCAUGUAUGUAAAAUGUUAAUGUUUUCAAGAGGUUAUUUUUGCAGUAUUUUUACUAACUCUUUUUUUUACAAUAUGCAUAGUUCUUGUAAAUGAAAUGCACAAAUCAUUUCUUUUAGUUUUAGAUUCACCACUUGUGUUUUUCAUAUAUUUAUGUGCAAUAAAUAGCAUACUCGUAUGUUAAAUAUUAAAACAAUGAUUAAUGUGAUAUGUUUGGCACUGUGUUUAGUAUUUGUAUAAACUUUUGUAUAAACUUUAUUUCAAGAUUAUUUUUGCACCACUGUGUUGAGGAGUCAAAGAUCAACGUUUGGUGUAUCAUGCCAGUUUCACAUGAUGUAAAUCAAUAUAUAAACCAAAAAAUAAAAAACAUCUGAGUCCAUAAAAAGAAAUUAUGUACAAUUUAAAACAGUGAAUUACCCUGCAGAAGUAUGCAAAUAACUAACCAAAUGUAAACCUGUUAAAUGUAUAAGUUAUGUUGAGAUGCCAUUCACAUAAAAUACCGUCUUUACAGCUUUGGGUGUACAGGAUGCACUUCUUAUCAGCAAUGAGCAGAAGGGCAUUUCUCCAAGUUACAUUAUACAGUAAAGAUUAUAGACACUCAUUAAAAUAAGUUGGUUCAUUAUUAAAUUUAGUUUGUAUGAGAAUAAUUUAUGAAUAAAAUCUGAAAAAAAAUUGUAGAUGUAACAUUUAUGUUUCAAGUGAUGCUUCAAAGUAUGUACUGUAUUGAGAAGCGCACAGUUUACAUAUAUUGCUGAAAACUAGAAGCGAAGUAAUGUACGGUACAGCCGAAUCAAAAUAAAGCUAAAUGUGAA